AUGGAUUUCUUACGUAGAAGGAAAGGAUCCCCCAGAGACAAUGAUGAUUAUAAUGAUGACGAUGAUGUCGCAUCAACAUCCAAUGUUCAUAAAUCAAGAAAACCACCAAACACAGCCUUCAGACAACAACGACUCAAGGCAUGGCAGCCAAUACUAACCCCGAAGUCUGUUAUCCCCUUGUUGAUUUUACUUGCAGUUAUCUUUACACCCUUGGGAAUUGCCAUAAUAUACACCACCUACAAUGUGCAAGAACUAACUGUUGAUUAUUCAAAUUGUCAUCUGGCAAGUGGAGAUUUUGAAAGUAUCCCAUCAUCAUAUGUUGGUUAUCAUUUUAAACAUAAAAAUGUCAAUCCUGAUUUUAAAUGGAAAAUACAGAAUGAGACAAGCAAUGAUGAAUUAGUUCAAACAUGUGUCAUUCAAUUUAAUUUACCAAGAGAUUUAGAUCCACCAUUAUUUUUAUAUUAUAGAUUGACCAAUUUCUUCCAGAAUCAUCGUAAAUAUGUCGAUUCUUACGAUUUGGAACAAUUAAGUGGGCAUGCAGUAAAAGAUAAGGAUGUGACUGAUACAUGUGAGCCACUCAAGCACAGAAGAAUUGGAAAUAGUGACAAAUUAAUUUAUCCAUGUGGAUUAAUUGCAAAUUCAUAUUUUAAUGAUACCAUAUCUUCUCCAGUACUUUUAAAUACCAAAAGUGGUGAAGAUAAUCAAACAUACAUGUUUACUGACAAGGAUAUAUCUUGGCCAUCUGAUCGUCAACAUAAAUUUAAAAUGACCACAUAUAAUCCUGAUGAUAUUGUUCCACCACCAAAUUGGGAUAAAAUGUUUCCAAAUGGUUAUACAAAAGAAAACUUACCAAAUUUAAAUGAAUGGGAACAUUUACAGAAUUGGAUGAGAACGGCUGCUUUACCAUCUUUUUUCAAAUUAUAUGGUAAGAAUACUACUGAAGUCAUGACAUCAGGAACUUAUCAAAUUUCUAUUGAAUUAAAUUACCCAGUAACUAUAUUUGGAGGUACCAAAAGUAUUGUAAUAUCAACCAAUAGUAUUUUCGGUGGUAGAAAUAUGAGUUUAGGUAUUAUCUAUAUAAUUAUUGCUAUUGUUUGUUUGGUGUUAGGAGUUGGGUUUUUAUUACAAUAUUUAAUUAAACCAAGAAAACUUGGAGAACAUAAUUAUUUACAAGAUUCAAAUAAUAUGGGAAAUCAAGAAGCAGCCAAUUUCAGAGAACAACUUUAA